AUGAAAUUUGAGACUUUAUUAAUCGCUCUUGGACUAGGAUCUUUUCCCUUGGCAGUGGCCCAAGUUGUGAUCUUUACUGCAAGCGACCAGAAUGUGAUAUCGUACAGUAUCGGUGUCCCCAACACCACCGCAUCUUCGGGCUCUGGGCCUAUUUUCCUGCAGAUGAAAGCACCUAGUACUAUCCAAUGGUUUGCUCUUGGUCAAGGAGCUCACAUGGCGGGGGCCAAUAUCUUCGUCGUCUAUUCAUCCUCCUCUUCUGACAAGGUGACUAUCUCACCUCGCCUGGCAAAGAGCCACAUCGAACCAGAAUACAACCCCGAUGCUCGUAUUUCUCUUCUUCAAGGAAGUGGUAUUCAAAACGGCGUGAUGACCGCAAACGUGCGCUGUGAUACCUGCAUACAAUGGAAUGGGGGAUCGCUCGACCCGGGCACAUCUUCCAGCAAUUGGAUCUGGUCGUAUAGAGAGGGUAUUCCGCUAAGUUCAAACAAUGUCACGGAAGAUAUCAGGAUUCAUGACCACUUUGGGAGAGUCAUCGUGGAUCUGACCAAAGCGACAGAUUUGAAUGCUUCGAACCCAUUUCUUGGUGCAUCUUUAGACCCUUCCUCCAAUGACUUUACUGCGGUACCCCCAAGUUCCUCCAAUGGUCCACAUAAAUCCAGGGCUAUUUUGAUCGCCCAUGGUCUCGUCAUGUCUUUUGCGUUUGUUAUCUUUUUCCCUACCUUUGCCUUACUCAUCCCGAUUCCAUGGGCAGUCUCUGUUUCUAAGGUCCAUGCACCUCUACAAAUAUUUACACUGACUCUAUCCACGGCUGGCAUGGGAAUGGGUAUUUGGCUGGGUGUCGACGGUAGCCAGAUAUCCAAUGCUCAUCCCAUUAUCGGUCUUCUUGUCGUGGGUUCUCUGAUCUUUUUGCAGCCACUUAUGGGAUUCUUACAACACUUGCACUUUCGACAAACGGGUGAAAAGAGCUUCUUUUCUUAUUCCCACCGGUGGUUUGGUCGCAUCAUGAUAAUCCUUGGCGUUUUCAAUGGUGGUCUUGGGUUUAGACUAGCAGGUUUUGGUAGUCCGGGAACUCCUCGCAGUGCCAUGAUUGCGUAUUCUGUCAUAUCUGGUGUUGUGGGCUUGACUUACCUAGCCGUUCAUGCUUUUACUACUUGGAGGUCUGGGAAGGGGGCAGAGUUAUCUGGGGCACGAGAUAACCGAGAGAAUUGA